UCCCCGCCAGUCAAGUUGGCUCCUUUCCGGCAGUCACAUAGACUUUCACUUGAAAUCAGCCAAAAAAAUGUCACACAAAAGAUUCUAUGUGAAGUUAGACUUGCAACUCCAUGCGCUCACCUGUCCAGGCGUUUGGCUCUGUUCCCACGGAUUUUUGGAGGCAACCGUCAAGACCUUAGGCUACUACUUUCGAACGGGAGCGAUGGAGCCGCGAUUUCCGAUGCUGUGCCACGAUCAAUUCACGAUGGAGGGCUAUUUCAAGAGUGUGGGAUGCCUGGAGGACAUGCACGAGCUACUGAAAGCUGAACAAUUGGAGAUAACCGUCUGGCAGAAUGGUCGGAGAUUGGCCUACUUCGUUGGAAAUCUCUCGGAUGUGAUGCAGCCCACGAUUCCUCGAUUGAGCUGUGCACACAGCUCCAAUGUCCAGCUUUUGAUGAAGGCUACUCCUGCUUUUCCCGGAAUCCUGGCACCCAAAGUGGAGCUCUCCGCGCAAUUGACCACGCAGGAUCGAAAGAAGGUCUGCAGUUGUUCCGGGUUCAGAGAGGAACCGGCUCCUCCGACCAACCGUCAUUUUGAGAGCCGUUGUCUAAGUCAUUUGGACCAGCCUCGAAAGCAGCAAACUGUGUGUCAUGGCAGGAAAUCCAAUUGUUGUCCAAGUACGAGUUACGCGGGAUGGAGAGGAGCCUCGCCGGAGCACCAGAAACAACAGGAGCGACGUCUGUCCACCUGUUCGAGCACAACGCAGUUAAGUAGUAUCAGUCAGAGUUCCUCGCUGACGCAGUGCAGCCAUUUGUCCAGCUGUAGUAAUUCGUUGGACGAUCAUCACAACAGUUGUGACAUUUGCCAAGCAUACAGACGCAUGUUUCCUGCUUAUUAAAUAAAUUUAAAAAUAAU